AUGGCCUCUGAUCUCUUGGGAAAGAUUAAGGAGACUCUCGUCCCCUCCAACACCGAGAACAGCGAGUCCUACAACUCCAACACUAACACUUUUGGUUCCAACACCAACAAUGCCUCCUUCAACCCUGGCUCUUCCCUCAACUCAAACUCCUACAACGAUGUAACAGAGAACAGCUCCAACCAGCGUGAAUUCGGCUCUACAAACCGUAACACCGGUCUUGAGUCCGAGUUCAACCGCAACGCUGGUCUGGAGUCAACCAGCAAUGAGUACAAUUCCAACCGUACUUCUGGCCUAGAGUCUAGCAACCAGACACAGCACAACGAGGGUGGCCGAACUCAGCGGGUCAGGUCUUUGGUUGAGAACGUUCCUGGAGUUCCUGAGACAUUUACCUCUUCUUCUUCUUCUACCUCUACUUCACAAUCCAAGCCUACCUUUGACACCCCUUCAUACCAAAAGGAUAUGCACCACCGUCACUUCGAUGCUGCUCGUGCACCUCCAUCAGCUUUAAGGGCGCACCUUGGUGAGCCCAGCAUUGAGCACGAUCAUCCUCAUGAGAGUUCGACCAAGAGACAUUCUUCUAUUAGUCACCAGGAGGAGCACUAUAACCUUAACUAG